GAACAGCAAACCACAACGGCGCCCUUUCGCCGGAAUAGCAUGUUCCCUCGUCGCCUUCUCCCCAUACUCGUCGCCUGCAGUACCCUCGUUACAAUACUCGUAUACGCCGCGAUUCGAAAUGGUUCCUGGGCUCAUCUUCCUGAGGCUGUCGGUUUGGGAGAAAAGUAUGGGUCGACGGAGGAACAAUACUAUGCGGAAGGAGGCGUGUCACCUCACCUUCGACCGGCAGAAGGCAAUGGCGGUAAAUCUGGGUUCAAGGAACCGAAGGUCGAGUCGAUCAGCCCGUACCCGGAGGGCAAGCUGAAACCUCCGGGCAGCAAGUACACCAAAUGUCUCGUUGUGCCAAAACUUCUCAGCGAGUAUACUGGCUGGAUAGAGGACAAGCUGGGGGAUAUGCUCAAGGACAAAAGCUUGACGACAGCUGUAUACACGGUCGACGAUAAAAAGGCGACACUGCGUCCGCCGAAGAACAAGGGCCACGAGGUGAUGGUGUAUCUGAGCUACAUCAUUGACUUUUACGACGAUCUUGCCGACGUCAACAUUUUCAUCCACUCGCAUCAGAAAGCGUGGCACAACAAUGAGCUCCUUGGACUCGACUCCGCGGAAGCAGUCCGUCACCUCAAACCCGAACGCGUGUUGAGAGACGGAUACAUGAACCUCAGAUGCCACUGGGAUCCAGGCUGUCCGGCAUGGCUGCACCCGGGCGUGACUGAGCAGAGCUAUGAGAAGCCAGAAGAGGUCCUCCUUGGACAAAGCUGGGCUGAACUUUUCCCAGGAGAACCCAUCCCAACGGUCCUCUCCCAACCCUGCUGCGCGCAAUUCGCCGUUUCCAAGGACCGUAUCCUGGCUCUUCCCAAGGCUCGCUAUAUCCACAUGCGGGACUGGCUCCUCCGGACAGAUCUGACAGACUACCUCUCCGGCCGGGUCUUCGAGUAUGUGUGGCAAUUUAUCUUCACGGCCGCACCGAUACACUGCCCUAGCAUGAGCGCUUGCUACUGCGAUGGCUACGGGAUCUGCUUCGGAGGACCAAAAGCGUUCGAUCAUUGGUUCGAGAUGCGAUAUGAACGGAAAGAGUUGAUGGAGGAGUUGAGAGUGUGGCAGGAGAAAGCACGGCGGAUCGAGGACGAGAGGAAGCAGUCCGAUGACGGGAAGAUGCCGGAGGAGGCGAGGUUGGAUAUUCCGGAGCUCGGAAUGGACAAGGAGUUGCAGAGUAAGAUUUCAGCGUUGACGAAGGAGAUGGAGAGGACCAGGAACGAGGCGAUCGAACGGGGCAAAGAUCCGAAGCAGAGGGAAUUGGAGAGGACGGGAAAGGCUAUGGGGUGA